AUGUUUUACUUUCCGGAGGAGGUUGUGGAGCAUAUCUUCAGCUUCCUCAGCUCCGAUCGAGAUAGAAACACAGUUUCUCUGGUGUGCAAGGCGUGGCAUAGGGUGGAGAGACUCAGCCGAAGGGGAGUGUUCAUCGGGAAUUGCUACGCCGUGGGGCCGGAGAGGCUUAUGGCAAGGUUUCCCCGUCUCCGGUCGCUCACUCUUAAAGGGAAACCCCAUUUUGCGGAUUUCAAUCUUGUCCCCCAUGAUUGGGGAGGAUAUGCGCGUCCCUGGAUCGAAGCUUUGGCUCGGGGCUGUCCUGAGCUCGAGGAGCUCCGCCUGAAGAGAAUGGUGAUCACUGACGAAUGCCUUGAGCUCCUUGCCCGGUCCUUUCCCAACUUCAGAGCACUGUUCCUCGUCAGUUGCGAUGGCUUCAGCACGGAUGGCCUUGCUGCUAUUGCAACACACUGCAGGUACGCAUUCUGAUCCCUUUUUCGGCCUGUUCUGAUUCUAGCGAGCUGCUGCAACCAUUUUAUCGAUUGCUUGAAUGCUGGGUACUGAGAAGGCGGGCUUUUAGGAUCUGCACAUUUUAUUUAGGUUUGAACCAAAUUACCUCGAUUUUUUUUCUGUAGAAAUAGAAACGUGAGUUCCUGGCUCAGUUCCAUGGUUCUUGUCCUUCCCCUCAAACCAAAGAACAUAUAGAGAGAAGUUGGUUUCAUAUCAAUUGCUUGACCGGGACAAUCUUCCUGCUAUUCUUGGAAUGAUAUGCCAUUCUGGUCAACUCCAUCGUCCUCCCAUUGACGCUGCUCCUCAUUUGACUCUGACAGUGGCAGUCGAUUCCAUUAUCAUUUUGGUCAAUUCCAUCUACUGAGUUGCUCCAUGAGCUUCUGGUUGACUAUAUUUAGAAGUUAGAACGUGCACUUAUCCCACCUCCCUUCCCAGCCCUGUGAUAUGGAAGAGCUGGGCCUCCAGGAAAGUGAGAUUGAUCAUGACUGGGAGUGGCUUAGCUACUUCCGCAGUUCCUCGACAUGGCUUGUUUCAUUGAGCUGUUGGUUGUAUGUGUUUCAAAUUUAGGGUUUAUGCUUUUGAAAAGUCUCUGCUUGACUCCCCCAUCUCCCCCCUUCUGCUCUCCACAACUGUAGGCAUCUCAGGGAGCUGGACCUCCAUGAAAAUGAGGUCGACGACCGGGGGGAGUGGCUGAGUUGCUUCCCGGAGUCCUCUACAUCGCUUGUUUCAUUGAACUUCGCCUGCCUGAAAGGGGAGGUGAAUGCGGCGGCGCUGGAGAGGCUCGUGGCCAGGUGCACCAACCUCAGAAGCCUGUGGAUGAACCGCAGCGUAUCGCUGGAGAUGCUCUCCAGGAUCGUCUCAAAGGCCCCCCACCUGGAGGAUUUGGGCACGGGCUCGUACGUCCACGACCCUCAUUCCGAGUCUUACCACAAUUUGAUCAACGCAUUCCUGAACUGCAAGUCUAUCAAGAGCCUCUCGGGCUUCUGGGAUGUCGCCCCCCGCUGCCUGCCGGCCGUUUACCCAAUCUGUUCCCAAUUAGCCUACCUGAACUUGAGCUAUGCCGCAACCAUCCAAGCCGACGACCUCAUAAACAUGAUCGGCCACUGCACAAAACUUCAGAAACUCUGGGUGAGCUCCAUCACUGAUCAUUUCUUCGCUGCAUCUUCCUUUUCUUCUUCUUCUUCUUCUUCCAAAUUUUGUUUUGUUUUUGAAGUUCCUCGUUGCAAUUCAGGUGCUGGACUGCAUUGGGGACAAAGGGCUCGCAGUGGUGGCGUCCCGAUGCAAGCAGCUGGAGGAGCUCAGGGUCUUCCCUUCAGACCCUUUCGGCCAUGGGACGAUUGACUCCGUGACGGAGGAGGGCCUGGUGUCGAUCUCCUCGGGCUGCCCCCGGUUCAACUCGGUGCUGUACUUCUGCAACCGGAUGACCAAUGCAGCGCUGAUCACCAUUGCCAAGAAUUGCCCCAAUUUCGUCCGCUUCAGGCUCUGCAUCCUCUCCCCGAAGAAACCAGACCCGUUGACUCACCGGCCGCUCGACGAGGGCUUUGGCGCCAUUGUCCAAUCCUGUCGUGGUCUCCGGCGGCUGUCAGUCUCCGGCCUCCUCACCGACCAGGUCUUCCUCUACAUCGGCAAGUACGCAAAGAAGCUGGAGAUGCUCUCAGUGGCCUUUGCCGGAGACAGCGACAAGGGGAUGCUCUACCUGCUUAACGGCUGCCGGAGCCUACGAAAGCUGGAGAUCAGGGACUGCCCAUUUGGUGAUGCUGCGCUGCUCAAGGGCGUGGGGCGCUACGAGGCAAUGCGGUCCCUUUGGAUGUCCUCCUGCGAGGUCACCCUUAGGGGCUGCCAGGCGCUCGCUGCCAUGGCACCGCGGCUCAACGUGGAGAUCAUGCAUGAGGAGGAGGAAGAUGCCGGUGGCAUCAGCUGUGGCGGCGGCCUCGACGAUGCCCAGCGGGUGGAGAAAAUGUACCUCUACCGGACCCUAGCGGGGCCGAGGAGUGACGCCCCCAGCAAUCUCUUCACUCUGUAA